AUAAAACGACGUGGUUGCUGGGGGGUUUUGGGAUUUUGACAGUCAGACUCAAUCUCAGUCUCAGUCAGUCGUGCCCUAAUCUCCGCCUGUCUCACAGUGAAGAAGAAGAAGAAGCAGCUCCUCUUCACCAGCCUCGGACUAGCAUAGCGUUGUUGCGAGAACAUGGCAAAGCAUCAUCCUGACCUGAUUAUGUGCCGGAAACAACCAGGAAUAGCUAUUGGAAGGUUGUGCGAAAAGUGUGAUGGUAAGUGUGUGAUCUGUGACUCCUAUGUGCGUCCCUGCACGCUGGUUAGGGUCUGUGAUGAGUGCAACUACGGAUCCUUCCAGGGACGUUGUGUUAUCUGUGGAGGUGUUGGAAUUUCUGAUGCUUAUUACUGCAAAGAGUGUACUCAGCAGGAGAAAGAUAGAGAUGGGUGUCCAAAAAUUGUGAAUCUGGGAAGUGCCAAAACAGAUUUAUUCUAUGAACGGAAGAAGUAUGGUUUCAAGAAAAGGUGACCAUUCGGAGGUGAAGUCUUGCUUAGCUUCGUGAGAUCAUUUUGUUGUGCUCAAACAUUGUUGCUAGCUUAUAUUACCAUCAGGUGGAUUUGCUUAGGAAAUCUUCUUAUUGAUGCUCCAUUUGUCUUUACGCAUAUUUUACUGCUCCAGUGGUUGGCCCUUUUGGUUGCAUUUUGUUUCCAUGGCCAGUCUGUGACACAUCUAGUUGAGGAAUGUAAAAUGUUGAAUCAGUUCUUGAUCACUGUUGUUACUCAGUGACAUCUAUCCAUGAAUUACUUAGGUUUGAA